CAUCGGAGGAGAGACUGCCGAGCAUCACCCGAGUCUCUUUCCCAAAGCCUCCAUAAUGCAUGGGGGCAAGAGGGGGCUGGUGGCUCCGCAGAACACUUUUCUGGAAAACAUAGUCCGGCGCUCCAGCGAAACCAGUUUCCUGUUGGGAAAUGCACAGAUCGUGGAGUGGCCGGUGGUCUACAGCAACGAUGGAUUCUGCAAGCUGUCCGGAUACCACAGAGCUGAGGUCAUGCACAGGAGUAGCACAUGCAACUUCAUGUACGGUGACCUGACUGACAAAAACACCAUAGACAAAAUCAGACAAACCUUCGACAACUACGAGUCGAAUUUCUACGAGGUGCUCCUUUACACGAAGAACAGAACACCCAUAUGGCUCUACAUGCAGGUGGCCCCGAUCAGAAACGAAAAUGACAAAGUGGUCCUUUUCCUCUGCACCUUCAGAGACAUUACGCUUUUCAAACAGCCGAUUGAAGACGAGUCAGUCAGAGGAUGGACGAAGUUUGCCAGGCUGACUCGGGCGCUGACCAACAAUCGUAACGUGGUGCAGCAGCUAGCGCCGCUGAGCAAGACAGAUGUCGCCCACAAACCCUCCAGACUGGCCGAGGCUCUCCAGCUGGGAUCGGACAUCCUGCCUCAGUACAAGCAGGAGGCCCCUAAGACCCCCCCGCACAUCAUCCUCCACUACUGCACCUUCAAGACCACGUGGGACUGGGUCAUCCUCAUCCUCACCUUCUACACCGCCAUCAUGGUGCCCUACAACGUCUCCUUCAAGACCAAGCAAAACAACUUGACCUGGCUGGUGCUGGACAGCGUCGUCGACGUCAUCUUCCUGGUCGACAUCGUGCUCAACUUCCACACCACCUUCGUGGGUCCGGCCGGGGAGGUCAUAUCGGACGCCAAGCUGAUCCGGAUGAAUUACCUGAAGACGUGGUUUGUCAUCGACCUGCUGUCCUGCCUGCCCUACGACGUCAUCAACGCCUUCGAGCACGUAGACGAGGACGUCCUCGCACACUCGUCCCCGGUGAGUCAUCUUCGAGAGUCUUUCCACAGGAAUGUGACGCGGACGGAAGACUCAGUCCUCCCAGGUCUCAGCAGCCUCUUCAGUUCUCUAAAAGUCAUCCGCCUGCUGCGUCUGGGCCGAGUCGCCCGCAAGCUGGACCACUACCUGGAGUACGGAGCGGCCGUCCUGGUGCUGCUGGUGUGCGUCUUCGGCCUGGUGGCCCACUGGCUCGCCUGCAUCUGGUACAGCAUCGGGGACUACGAGGUCAUCGACGAGCACACCAACACCAUCAAGACCGACAGCUGGCUCUACCAGCUGGCCCUGAGUAUUGGGACUCCUUACCGCUACAACGCCAGCGGUACAGGCCAGUGGGAGGGCGGCCCCAACAAAGACACGCUCUACAUUUCCUCCCUCUACUUCACCAUGACGAGCCUCACCACCAUCGGGUUUGGCAACAUUGCGCCGACGACAGAUGGCGAGAAGAUUUUCUCCGUGGCUAUGAUGAUGGUGGGCUCGCUUCUAUACGCGACCAUCUUUGGAAACGUCACAACCAUCUUCCAGCAGAUGUACACCAACACAAACCGCUACCACGAGAUGCUCAACAACGUGCGCGACUUCCUCAAGCUUUACCAGGUUCCCAAAGGUCUGAGCGAGAGGGUCAUGGACUUCAUCGUGUCCACCUGGGCCAUGUCUAAGGGCAUUGACACAGAUAAGGUCCUCUCCAUUUGUCCCAAAGACAUGCGCGCGGACAUCUGCGUCCACCUCAACAGACAGGUGUUCAACGACCACCCGGCCUUUCGUCUGGCCAGCGACGGCUGCCUGCGCUCCCUGGCCGUGGAGUUUCAGACCACCCACUGCGCCCCCGGAGACCUCAUCUUCCACAUCGGAGAGAGUGUCGACACCCUCUGCUUUGUGGUCUCCGGCUCCCUCGAAGUCAUCCAGGACGACGAGGUCGUAGCAAUACUAGGUAAAGGGGACGUGUUCGGAGACGUGUUCUGGAAAGAGACCACGCUGGCUCGGGCCUGUGCGAACGUGCGAGCCCUGACCUACUGCGACCUGCACGUCAUCAGGAGAGAGGCUCUGAUGAGGGUGCUGGAAUUCUACACGGCGUUCGCCAGCUCCUUCUCCCGCAACCUCAUCCUCUCCUGUAACCUACGGAAACGGGUCAUCUUCAGGAAGAUUUCUGACGUGAAGAGGGAGCGGGAGCGCCAGAGGACGGAGGUGACCCUCUCCAUCCCCGAAGACCACCCUGUUCGCAAGCUGUUCCAGAGGUUCAGACAGCAGAGAGACUCUGCGCCCGGAGAGUCUCAGCCUUACUUUGACCAUAACUGCGUGCAGGUGGAACCUCGGCAGCAGCAGAAGCAGCAGCAGCAGCCGCAGCAGCACACUGACCCAAACUCUUACUCUCAGAGUCAGGCUGUUUCUCCUAAGCAGCAGGAGUACGGCUCCUCUGUGCUUGACAACGCACCCGGCAGCAGCAGCUGCUGCGACGUGGCUGCAGCUCCACAAGCGCCGGCCAGUGCUGACAAGUCAGAGCAAAGCAGCGCGCAGGAGGUGGAGGCGCCAAGGCCUCGUGGCGACAUACCCGCACGGAGCUGCGGCGCAGGUGGCGCAGCUGGAGGUGCGGGAGGCGUCGGCAGCAGCAGAGGCGCCAGAGUCUGGGCCAAGUUCAGGAACGCCUCAUCCGUCGAACCGCCUCGUCCCGCUGUCGAGCAAGAGAAGCAGACGCCUAAAACAGAGGGGUGGCCGAAGGUGUCACACCCCUCGGAGCAGUUCGCAGCUGCCAACAAGAUCCAGGAGUCAGAGGAAGGUGGGGAGGGCGCUGAGGGUGCGGGGGAGGAAACAAGCGCCCUGCACAAGACCGACUCGUGCGACAGCGGCAUCACGAAGAGCGACCUACGCAUCGACCGAGCCGGAGAUUCGAGGAGCUCCUUCGAGCGCAGCCCGAUGGAAAGGAGCCCGAUGGAGAGGAGCCUGUUCGAGCACAGCCUCGGCGUUUACAGCGAGGCCUCCCUCAGACACUCCUUCGCGCAGCCGGCGUCCGAGCAGGCUCUGCUGCAGGCGACGCUGCACGAGGCCAAGCUGGAGCUCAAAGGAGACAUUCAGAUGCUGAGCGGCCGGCUCUCGCUCCUCGAGUCCCACGUGGGAGAGAUCCUCAGGUUGCUGUCGAUAAAGAGAAGACUCUCGCUGCCGCCGACCUCUUCCGCCAAAGCGAGAGUGAGGAGUCAAGGCCCGGACACUGCCUCCAGGCCAGACACGCUGGAAACAGAUGAAGGGCCUUUUUGAAUUCACUGAUUUUAAAUAAUAAUCGUGCAUGUCCUGCUGGGCUGGGAGACAUUGCAUUAAACACGUGACUGCAUGCAGAAAUCCUUUUCAUCUCGUCGUAGCAGCACAAUAAUGCAGGGAUUUUUAUAAUGGUUCUUUUUGACUUUUUGGGCCAUUUUUACGGUUUUACAUUUGAGAAAGACAAGAGGGAGACAAUAAUGAACAAAAAAAAAAAGAGCUCAUAUUGGGAUUAUAUAAAAAACAAACACUAGAGCUAUGACUCUCAUGUGUGGGACCUGCUAUAAAGGUGCUUGAGGUAAAAAUGCUCUUAGUUUUUUUUAAAUGUUUUCAUAACGCUGUCAUUUUCAUGGUCCUCCUUAAGUUUUAUUUUUCCAGAUUUCAGUUUGUGGUUUUCUGGAGGUUCACCUGCCACGAGUUUUAAAGAACUUUGUCUCAGAGGAAACACAUGAGAACUCAAUGAACGACAAAUAAAUGACUCUCUCCGUCUUCUGCAGGAAAACUCCUCUGUUUUCAGUUUCUAUCCUCACUGCAGUGGCUACUUAUUAACGGUCAGGUAACUAUAUGUGCCUUACAAUAGCAAAGCCUCAGAGACGUGUUCAGCUCUUUGUGUUUAUGAGAUGUUUUAUGAAAGAAAUGUUAAGCUCCCCUUCCCAAUAUACUGUAAUUCUCACGGUAACAAGUAACAGACAAGCAAAAUAUGAAAUAUGGAAUGAUAAUGAAAUAGUUCCUCUUGUUCGAGUCUCUGAAAUCGGUCUAGAAACAAAUUCCCCCAUGCACGUAUGCUAGGAAUGUUAAUUCAAUAAGGCAGUUUAAUAUUAAGUCUAUUUAUUUAUUUAUUUAUUUGUGAGUGAGUGAAUUCUUUUUCCUAAACAAGCAGGUAAUUGCAGCAAACACUGUAUGUUCCUUCAUGUAACUUUGCCUCUUGCUCAGGUAUAUUUGUCCUACUGUCAAAAUCCAUUAUUUAUUUCAUUAUGAGUAAUUUUGCCUACUCUUGAGACUAAAUAGAAGAGCAUAAUGUGUCUUUAAAUGAGUUAAUUCACACUGCUAUGCAAAUUUACUGCACUUUCUGAUGCAGACAGCUGCGUUUGUUUCUACUGCGUGGGUAAACCUGAAGGAUGUAAAUGAUCGUAGUUUUCCGUAUGACUGGGAAUUGUCUCAGUGCGACCUGUGAGGACGUCAGCAUGCUACUGCUAGUCGAUUUAUUUUAUGGUAGAUAUGUAAGUGACCUUGCAUGCGUCCUGUCAAGGGAACCUGUCACCUGUGGAAUGAAUAAUGAAAACUGAUGCCUGCUCACCA